AUGUCACCACACUCAACACAAGACCCAUGUAUCCCCUACGGUCGUGGCGGAGCAGGAAACAUGCGCCGUCGUUCCUCCAUAGCCGCCGCCUGGUCAACCAUCCUCUCCCACCCAUCACCCACAGACAGCAACAAACUGAACCUCGUAUCAAGCCCAGAAGAGCACUACGCUGCUUCGAAAUCCGAGCCUAGGCGGAGGAGACACUCUUCUUCCACGUCGGAGGAGGGGAGCGAAGGAAGCAUGCGGAUGAAGAGUAGUGUGGACGAGGGCGCGAGGAGAAGGAGGAGUAGUGUGUGGAGUGGCAGGAGCAGGGCAAGUACGGCAGGAGAAUCUGGAUCCAGGUGGAGGAGGCUACUACAGUUUAGAAGAGCGGGUGGUCGCAUAGAAAAUGAAGCCAAGAAUGAGGACGUGGAGUAA